UCUCCUGCUGGCGGUUAAACAUUUCUACCUACGCGACAAAACUCUGCAGUAAAGCACUCUAUCAUCGUGCUGGUUAGGGUCUCUUUUUAGUUCUCUUGAUUUUCAUUCUUCAAUUUUCUCGCAAUUGCCCGUCAUCGUUUGGGUGUUUUGAAGGUAUUCUUUCUGGGUUCUAGGAUUUGGAAUUAUUGAAGAAUUCGCCGUGUACUAGAGACACUAUUUUUGUUUUGAUUAGUGGUAUUUUUUUAUUUAUUGAAUUUUUUUUUCUUUAUGAAGUCCAAAUUAGCUGUGUUUUACUGUAUAAUGGUGUGGCAGAUUAUGGAAGUUGCCUAUUCGGGUCAUACAAGAAAAAGUUUCCUUCUUUUUUUUUUUUUUCUCUCUCUCUAUAUGGCUUCAAGGUAAUAUGGACAUCGAUGAUUCCCGAUUUAUGAAGGUUUCUACUCAAUAUUUUCUGUGUAUGUUGUGCUUUAUUCUCCUGAUUUCGUUGGUACAUUGUAGAGUUUGCGCUACCAUUUGCAGAUGAUUGUGCGAAAAUUUGAGUUCUAAUUCUGGUGUUUUAGAGUUUAGAUUUCAAGCUUGCUUGAUGUUCAUAUUACUUGAACUCGAGAACUUACUGUUCUUACCACUGAGCUAAAAGCCCAUUGGUGUGUAAGCAUUUUUUUUUUUUAUUGUAUGUGUUGUAUUAUGAUUCAUUUGUGUUAGUUUUGUAGCUUUUCUGUGAUUACAAAAGCUAAUGCGAUUAAUAUGUUGAACAAUUGUGUUUUGGGAAUAUUUGCCCUUUUUCAGGGGUUGUACUUGUCUGAAAAUGCAAGGAGGGAGAAGCAAUAGGGAUCCAUUCUCUGAUUUUGGUGAUCCCUUUGGUGCUUUUGGGGGUCACAGGAGUUUGUUGUCCAGUUUUUUUGGUGGAAGGGACCCAUUUGAUGAUCCUUUCUUUACACGUCCUUUAGGGGAUUGUUUGAGUCGAGUUUUUUUGGUUCUAAUAGGGGUCCAUUUGCUAGCAUGUUUCCAUCUGCAUUUCUUGAGCACCAAGCUCCAAAGACUAAAUUGUCCGGGGGGCCAAUUAUCGAAGAGCUAAACUCUGAUGAUGAAAAAGAUGAAGCUGAUAAAGACAAGAAAGAGAAUCCAAGAAAACAUGGUAGAAGCAAGGAGCCAUAUGUUAUCCAGAUGAUGAUGCUAAAGAGAGGGAGAAUAAGCAUUGGCAGUAUAUAAAUGGCCAUAAUAGAUUCCAUGACAUAGAGCAGCAGCCCCAAACUCAUAGCUUUACUUUUCAGAGUUCUACCAUGACGUAUGGUGGCCCCAAUGGAUCUUACUAUACUUCAUUGAAGAGUACAAGAACUGGGAGUGAUGGAGGUCAUACCCUUACAAGGAAGCUUAAUUCAGAUGGUAAGGUGGAUACCAUGCAGACCUUGCAUAAUCUUCAAGAAGAUGAACUUGCUGUUUUCGAAGAAGCUUGGAAGGGAAAUGCCAGACGUUGUCUUCCUGGUUGGAGUGGGAGUUUCAGUGGCCUUGAUAAUAUGGGGGCUAGUAGUGGUGGACAGAAUGCACAGGGAAGCAGGGGAGAUUGGGCACUUCCAUCCACUGAGCAUUGGAACGGGGCAGUAGCAGAUGCUAGAGACAGGGCAGGGUCUUCUCGGAUGCAGCACUCAGGAAGGAUGAAAAGUUCUUCAGACAUCAAAGGCAAGAGUGGAUAUGCUGGAGGGAGAACAAGAGAUUAAAAUUGGGAAGCAUUAAUGAGAUGGUUAAAUUGCACUAACCAUCCCUGAAAUUUAGGAGUUUUUUCAUUUUUGUUCAUCAACUUCAAUUUAUUAAAAUAAAAUCAUUGAACUUUAAUUUUAUUUCAAAAAA